GAUCUUUCUAGAACCAGCAGCGGCCGCCAUAUUGCAUGUUUACAUAUUAUUGUUGCGCUUGCAGAAGACUUUUCUCAACAUUGCAAAUACAACUCCGUGUUUAUGCGGAAGUAGAGCGUAAAACGCGUCGAUGAUGAAUGUCGAGGAAAUGCGCACGCUGCGCGUGCUACAUCUACCUCCGGACGUGUCGGACCAGAGCAGAGAUGAAUUGUUUAAACAAAAGUACGGAGCAGUGAAAACAAGAACAAUAAGAAAGUCGGCAAAGUAUACCAUUACGUUUGUUGAAUUUCCAACUCAUCAAAAUGCAGUUGAUGCUUGUCACCAGUUGCACCAAUUGUUGGUGCAAGAUCACCUGCUUUCAGUUGAAUUUUCAAAGAGAAAUGUGUCGGACGAUAAAGAAAACAUAACCAUCAGUGAACCAAAACCUCUUCCUGAAAGAGAUGAAGAUGCUCUGAAGAGGAAGUACUACGAAGAGUUUGUGAAAAAAUGGAAUAGCUGGGCUCCUUAUCAUCUAGUAACUCAGCCAAUACCACCUCAUCUCAAGUACAAAUAUCCCAAGCCUACCCGAGAAACACUUUUAAGGAUAGCAAUACAGAUGAUAAAAGUACCACCUCUCUACACUCAGGUUCUACACUUGAUGAAUAAAAUGAAUAUACCACCUCCAUUUGAGGGAUUAGACGAAGAAUUUCCAUCGGUAAAGGCAGCUUAUGAUGUUGAAAAUUAUCAAGAUCUGUUUGGUUUUAGAUCAGGACCUACUUUGGAUACUUCUAAUGGCGAUGCUGAACCAGAACCAAAGGCAACAGAGGAGGCUGUUGAAGAAGAAGAUACUGAUGAAGAAUCUGAAAUUGAAUCUGACAAAGAGUCUGGCAAUCCUAUGGAAGUUCUUAUCCCAGUGAAGCGAAAAAUGCCACCGAAGAAGAAAAUAAGGAAGUUUCCAAAACUUUUGCAGCCAACCAGUGCAGUGCCUAGCACUAGUAAAAAAUUUAAGCCUAAGGAAGUAUUUGACUUGCGUCAUGGGAACCCUCUUGAUCGCAAAACUCUUGUAGUAAAACCAGUCGAGCCAACGAGUAAAUUAUCAAAAAAGGUAGUCGAGGUAUCAACGCAGCCCGACAUAACGGUCGUACCGUCUGAAGUUGAAGGCUUUGGUCUCAUUCUUCCAAGUAAUAAAAAUGAGCAGGAAGAAGCUGAAAAAGAGGAACCUAAAGAGGAUUUUAUCACUACGGAGCAGCUGCAUGAUAACAGAAUAUCUGCCAAUGAUCGAGAUGUACUUCCUGUAUUCAAAAAUUAUCAUCCUGGUAAACCAUCUUGUCGAUUGUACAUAAAAAAUCUGGCAAAGCAAGUCGAGGAGAGUGAUUUACACUUCAUUUAUCGACGUUACGUAUUACCUAAAUCGAAAAACGAGGAAUCCGAAUACAACGUUCGGCUUAUGCAAGAGGGAAGAAUGAAAGGCCAAGCAUUCGUGACAUUGCCAAAUAUUGCCCAGGCUCAACUGGCGCUUGAAGAAACGAAUGGUUACAUUUUGAAAGAUAAACCAAUGGUUGUACAAUUUGCAAAAGUUCCAAAAAGUUAAUCGUUUUUUAAUGUAAAGACCAUACUUGUAAAUAUUGUAAAAAUGUAUAUUAUAUACUAAUUUUAUUACGCUUAUUCUUUAAAUAGAUUGAAUUUUAUUUUUAAACAUACAUAUCACGGAUCCAAUAAUGUGUAAAAAAUACCAAAAUUCGUCGAAAAAAAUAAAUUAAGUCAUGAUUGCAGCGUGA